AUGUCUGAAACUCUUUUCUUUGAACAACAAGAUGGGACAAAAAUUGCAUACAAAAUUCUCAAAUCUGAAAAUGCUAAAAUAAUUGUGUUUGAUAAUCGUGGAAUGGGAGAAUCAACCGUUGCUUCUUAUAGUGAUCCUAUCACGAUCGAUUUAAUGGCUCAAGAUACAAUUGCAUUGAUUAAGUAUAUUGGAAUUAAAAGAUUUAGUUUGUUUGGAACAAAUAUGGGUGCUAGAGUUGCUUUUACUGUUGCCUUAAACCUUCCAUCUGAUUUGAAGUUAGAGAAAUUAGUUGUUAGUUCUUGUUCUCCCCGAGAGGACAUGACUACACCUGUGCAUCAGAAAGUUAAUAAAUAUUAUGAAGUGUCAAGCAACCCUUUUCCCGAUAAUAUUCAGGGAAUAAAAGAGAGACUUCUUAAAAGUGAAUUUGAUAAAGAUCUUGCUAAAUAUCUGCUUAAACAUCCCGAUGUACUUGAUAAAAUUGCAGAGAUCAUGUUUAGCAAAAUCCAUAACAGACCAUUUGAAAUGAUGAGACGUCAGUGGGAGGCGAUUAAAGCUUGUGACCUGCUCCCAAGACUAAAAGAAAUUAAAGUUCCAACUUUUAUAAUUCAUGCAGAAAAUGAAUUUUCCUUUACCAUUAAGGAUGCUGAGUUACUUGAUCAAGAACUUCCUAAUUCAAAACUUUAUCAUAUUCCUAAUAUGGGACAUAAUAUUUUUGUAAUGGAAGUUGAAACUACUACCAAAGCCAUUUUUGAAUUUUUGAAUAAUUAA